CGAAGCGCGGAGUCGAAUCACGUCAAAUGCAGACAAGUCAGCGCGGUUAUCAGCCCGUCAGCCGUUAGAUGAGCCACGUUCGUUCGACGCUCACGUGAACUUCUUUCCUCAUUCCUUCCGGAGUUCCGGGUCUUUACAAGAGCGAUCUCCACUUGUCAAAAAUGGCGAAACGUACAAAGAAGGUAGGAAUCACCGGAAAAUAUGGCACCCGUUACGGUGCUUCUCUUAGGAAAAUGGUUAAGAAAAUGGAAAUUACCCAACACAGCAAGUAUACUUGCUCGUUUUGUGGUAAGGAGGCCAUGAAGCGUAGUGUCGUAGGAAUCUGGUCCUGCAAACGAUGCAAAAGGACUGUUGCUGGUGGUGCGUGGGUAUAUUCUACGACAGCCGCUGCUUCAGUAAGAUCAGCUGUACGUAGAUUACGUGAAGUUAAAGAACAGUAAAUGUAUGUAAUAAAUAUCUUUUUAA